AAAUAAAAAUCAUGAAAAAUAUUUGUUUUUAUUUGUCAUCACUUUAUUGCAAUGAAAUCAAAUUGGAUACAGGAGUAAUUCCAAGAUACUUGCAAAGAAUUCAGAACUUCUCUCUUGCCUAUAUAUUGCAGACAAUGCAGUGAACUUCCUUGUCUAAAUUGCCUAUAUUUUCCCUAUAUUGAAUUACUAAUCUCUUUUAUAAUCAUGGUUAAAGAUAUAGAACAGUUGAAGCUCAUCGAGAAAGAGUCUAGCAGGCAAAUAUCUUUCGCGAAGCGACGAAAUGGACUUAUGAAGAAAGCCUUAGAAUUACAUAUGAUGUGUGAUGUUGAUUCUGUUGUUAUAGCCUUCUCACCUGCUGGUCGCCUCAGCUUCUUUUGUGGUGGCAACAGAAGGGUUGAAGAUAUUAUAAGGCAUUUUGCUGCAUUGCCAGAAGAUAUCCGAGGCUUCCAGAUACCAGAUCCAGAGUUGUGGAUUUUACUUGAAACACUUGACAAGCUAAAAGAACAAACAAAGGAGCACAUCCAAAAUGACAGUACCAUUUCGGCUAUCCAGGUAGAACUUUCUCAGGUGGAAAAAGAGAUUCAGGGUGCUUUAAUUGAAACGAGGAGAUACGAACCCUUGCAUACAGUGAUAAUGACCAUUGAAGAAGCAAACCUUUCUGAAGAACUCCUUGAGGAGACACUUGCCCGCGUCCAAGAAAGAAAGCAAGAGCUAACAGCUGAAGAGAAUGAAGAUGCAUCUCAAGAAAUGCCUGAUGCCAUGAAUGCAGCAGAAACUUCUUUACCAAAACCUGUGGACAUAGUUCAGCAAGCCGAGCCCGAGCACCAAGUGAAUGAGAACUCUAAUGAGAACCAACACCAAUCACCAAUUGCAGAAGGCAUUCAAGAUACAUUGAUGAGGCAGAGCAGUCCAUCAAAAAAUCUGCCGCCAGAAGUGGCUAGUCCUAAUCUACCGCCAGAAGUGGCUAGUGCUAAUCUACCGCCAGAAGUGGCUAGUCCUAAUCUACCGCCAGAAGUGGCUAGUCCUAAUCUACCGCCAGAAGUGGCUAGUCCUAAUCUACCGUCAGAAGUGGCUAGUCCUAAUCUACUGCCAGAAGCGGCUAGGCCUAAUCUACUGCCAGAAGUGGCUAGUACUAAUCCUCAGCAUGCUGGAACAUCUUUUACCAGCCUUUUAAAUGCCGCAGAUGUUGCUGAAGAAACCGCAUCUCCUUUUGGGGGAGUGGUAUUCUCCCAACCACCAGAUCAGAACCACAAUUCCUCACCCUUGCAACAAAAUCAGUUCAAUUUAUUCCAAGAUGGUCUCCUUAACACUUAUUCCUAUCUGAAUGGUAAUACAACAGGAGCCAAUCAUUCUUCAGAAUGUAAUGAGAUCAGCACAGUUGGAACUGCAAAUGGUAAUAAUUACCCAUUUUCAAGCUUGAUUUCCCCAAAUUUACAGCUACAGCCUUCCCCUGCAAGCUUCCAAGUGCCUGAUUACCGAGUGCAGCUUCCUAUGCCAGUCCCUCAUUACUAUCAAAUAUCUCAGCAAAGGCCACUAGGAAACAGCAGCAACAUGUCGCCUUUCAGUACUCCGCAGUGGUCUAAUCAAAUUAAUCUGCAGCAUAAUCCAACUCUCUUUCUGCGAAAUCCACAGUGGUCUAAUCAAAUUGUUCUGCAGCAAAAUCCAACCCCCGUUGGACAAAAUGCACUUCAACGAACCAGCUAUCAGGGCUUGUUUAGUUCAUUUGAUAGGGUGGAUAGCAUGUACUCAGACUCAAGAUCACCAGCCUUCAUCCCAAGACCACCACAUCUGCAAAUGAAUCGCCAGUUGAUGGGAAGUCUAAUCGAUGGCCCAAAUCUUUCUCUGGACUUACAAGGGCCAUUUGCCAACAGUUCUCCGCAAGUAUUUCUUGGGGUGGAAAGAUCAACUUCUUCUGCUUAUAAGAGGAAAGCACCUUGGGAAGAUGAUUUUGAUAUGAGACGGGCAAGUUACCAGAAUGGGAAUACAGCACCAAACAAUACUGAUUCUCCAGCUGCUAUUCUUAUUCGUGAUCCUAGGCCUAUAGGAAAUGCACUUUAUGGUCCUGAAUAUGCACAUAUGGGCUUGGCCAUUGACCCCCAUAUCCGGAAUCUUCAAGAAGUAAUAAGAUAUGAUAAUGCCAGAGGACAGCAAGGAAAUCAGCAAGGAAAUGUAUGAUGAUUGAUGCUCAACUCAAUAUCACCAGAUUACCCCUUGAGAGUGUCAAUUUGUUUAUUUCAAGACAAUUUGAUCAUCUUUUUAUCUUAAAAUUAUUAUCUUGUGUUAUGUGUUAAGAAUUUGACCCACAUUUAUGUGAGUUUUCUCUUAUUAAAAACAGGGAAUAUACUUCUAGUU